GUGUGAGUCUAUUAAAUGAAUAUGGCAAAGUUCACCACCUUCUACCAAGGGUGGCUCAGCCGCCAAGAGGAUUUUCUCCGUCAGCUCGAUUCCCUCCUCUCCGGCCCCGACCGGGAUCGAGAAUGCAGCGACAUAAUCCCCCGAGUCAUCGCGCACUACCGUGAGUUCUACCGCGAGAAGGCGGCGGCGGUGGAGGAGGACGUCUUCCUUUCGAUAUCUCCGCCGUGGAUGACCUCCUUCGAGCUCUCUCUCCUCUGGGUUUCCGGGUUCCGUCCUUCGAUCCUCUUCCCGAUCAUGGACGGGGCUCUGGCGGCGGCGGACCUCUCGCCGGCGCAGCGGCGGCGGAUCGACAAGGUCAAGGCGGAGUCGCGGCGGAGGGAGAGGGAGAUCACGCAGGCCAUGGCCAGGGUGCAGGAGACUGUGGCGGAGCCGCCGGUGUACGGCCUGGUCAAGAAGUUCGGCGGCGGCGGCGCGGUGGUGGAGAUGGAGGCGGCGGUGGAGAAGGUGAAGGCGGCGAUGAGAGGGGUGGUGGAGAAUGCGGAUGCGCUGCAGGGGUGGACAUUGGCGGAGGUGGUGGAGGCACUGGAUCCGGUGCAGGGGGUGAGGUUCUUGGCGGCGGUGACGCGGUUUCAGCUCCGGGCGAGGAGGUUUGGGGUGGAGAGAGACGGUUAGUGUGUGGAAUUUGGAAAUCAGCUUUAUUGGCUUUUUCUCUCUUUUUAUUUCAAUAAAUUAAUUACCGAUGGUAUUUUUGUU